AUGGUGUUAACUAGCAAGGGCAGCAGCACCAAAUACCUUGGCGGCUCUGGCAAUGCUCUUACAAUUUGGAUUUCUAUAGCCGCAAGCACCGUUCUUGUCUUCUACGGAUACGAUCAGGGAGUGUUCGGAAAUGUCCUAGUCACGCAAGAUUUCCUCGACACCAUGGGCAACCCCUCAGCACAAGACCAAGGGACCAUGACAUCUGUAUACAACCUUGGUUGCUUUGCUGGCGCAUUGUCCACCUUGUAUUCUGGCGACAAGCUCGGUAGACCGAGGACUCUUAUACUCGGCAGCCUCAUUGUUGCCAUUGGUGCCGUCAUCCAAGCUGCCUCCUGGGGUGCAGCCCAGAUGUAUUUUGGCCGUGUCGUGGCUGGCUUGGGUACUGGCAUGAAUACUGCCACUGCUGGCGUGUGGCAGUCCGAGACGUCAAAGAUGCGAAGCCGUGGAAAGCUAGUCAUUAUCCAAAUGGCAAAUUGCAUCACCGGCUUCUGCUUGUCAAACUGGCUCACCUUGGGCUUCUCGUUCGCUCCGGGCAGCGUAUCAUGGCGAUUUCCACUAGCCUUCCAAGAUAUUCUGACCUCGAACAUAGUCUUCUCUGGGCUCAUUAUGCUCAUUUGUCCCUUCCUGCCGGAUUCCCCGCGUCUAUUAAUUCGCAAGGGAAAGUAUGACGAAGCCCAUGACGUGCUCGCGGCUCUCCAGGGCAACGAUGCCACUGCCGAUUCACCAUCCGUCAGAACACAAUUCUCCAUCAUUAAGGGCAUCCUGGACACCGAGUAUGCCGUCACCUACACGUGGUGGCAGCUCUUCACUGGCAAGGGACCUACAGGCGUCGUUCGUCGAAUGAUCCUCGGCGCAUGGAUGCAAGCUAUGAACCAGAUUAGCGGUAUUAAUGUGACCUCAUAUUACAUGACAUAUGUCUUUAUUCAUUCAAUCGGUCUGAAUGAGCUCCUGUCUAGAAUCCUAGCUGCAGCCGGCUCUGUUGAUUACCUGAUUUUCUCCUUCCUCGCGUAUUUUGUCGUUGAGCGCCACGGACGUCGCAAGGUCAUGAUGACCUCUGCAGCUGGAUGUGCCCUCUGCUGGCUCAUCGUUUCAAUAGCUCUUGGACCUUCGGAAGCCGGCAGAGGGGAUUCGUUCAAGUUGGGCGUCGUUGCUGUUAGUUUUUUCUUUGUCUUUUUUGCCUGUUUCGCCAUGGGCGUUCUCGGCGUACCAUGGUUGUACCCAACGGAAAUAAAUGCCCUGGCAUUCAGAUCCCAAGGAGCGAGUCUUGCCAUGGCCACUAACUGGAUAAUGAAUUACAUGGUGGCUCAAAUCACGCCUCCGGGAAUCGAAAACCUGGGUUACAAAUUCUGGAUCAUCUGGGCCGUAAUUUGCGCGUCCUUUGUUCCCACUACCUACUUCUUUUAUCCAGAGACAGCCAACCGAUCGCUCGAGGAUAUCGACAGAUUCUUUGCUGAUAAUCCAGGUAUCUUUGUCUUUAGAAACAAGAUAGCCACCCAGCUCCAAAGACCGCCCAUUUACGAAGAAGCAGACAAUAGAGUUGCUCACAGGAACGAGAAUAUAAGCGAUAAGAAAUCGGCAACAAUUGUUAGUACCGAACCAAAGGAACAAGGAGCUCGUUACCAGGCAGCUUCCUUGUCCCAACAGUAA